CGACGAUUGAAUUUUGUUAUACAGCAUCGAAUAGUGCAAACCCCUACUUGUAUCAUCAAGCCAUUUCAAUUGCAUCGCCUUGCUACACUUCCCGCUCGACUCCUCUCUACUAAAAUGACGACCGCUUCCAAGGAUAUUGGUUGGGAAUCCUAUGAUCCUGAACAGAUCAGACUCAUGAGUGAACAGUGCAUUGUGGUAGAUCGAAAUGAUGUUCCUAUUCGAGGAGGAUCAAAAAAAGAAUGCCAUUUGAUGGAGAACAUUGACAAUGGACUGCUGCAUAGAGCAUUCAGUGUGUUUAUUUUUAGUGAGGAUGGAAGACUGUUGCUCCAGCAGAGAGCUGAUGAGAAGAUUACCUUUCCAGGAUACUUCACCAACACUUGUUGCUCUCAUCCACUAAUGAUACAGGACGAGAUGGAAGAGGAGCAGCAGAUGGGUGCUCGCAGGGCUGCUCAGAGAAAACUCAUGCAUGAGAUGGGCAUUGAACCCCAUCAGGUUCCUCUAGAUAAAAUCCACUUUCUCACUCGCAUUCACUACCUUGCACCCUCGGAUGGCCUGUGGGGUGAGCAUGAGAUCGACUACAUCUUUAUUUUCCAAGGCCCUGUAACCGUCAAUGCCAAUCCCAAUGAAGUCAAAUCCUUCCGAUAUGUCACUAAAGAUGAGCUGAAAACAAUGUUUGAAACGGCUGCCGACACUGGCAUUCAGAUCACUCCUUGGUUUAAACUUAUUGUCGAGACUUUUCUAUAUAAAUGGUGGGAUAAUCUCGACAAGCUGUCUGCCAUGAAGGAUGCUGCCACCAUUCAUCGACUGUAGAUUUGCUGCUUGCAUUGGAUUCACCAUUUGAUUGUACGCAUUCGUGUAUUUCAAGUUUUGGUCCGACUUUGCGGAUGUUUUAAUUUUAUUCUACAACAAAAUGAAUGUCUGUUUUCCUAUAUAGUCUUAAAUAAUACGUGAUCGUAGUUGAAUAGAACUGCUUUCAGUUAUCCAGCCUCAUUGAUUGAAUCCUGUUGCUCGACUCUCUAUUCGAUAUAUUUGAUGAAUCUUUCUUGCUACGAGAAUAAGCACUGGCGUGUGCAGAGUUUCCAUUGUUCAAAUUAUCAUGCUGGUGUACAUGUUUAGAUACUCUACCUCCGCUCUUGACAGUGGUUUUGGCACCACUCUUGAUGGCAGCCUGUAGACUAGAUCGACCAAAAUGCGGCGAUACAGUCAGCCUUUUACUCAUCUCCGCAUACUUGGUCGUGAUUGGCAAAAAUGCAUCUCCAAACCGUCUAAACUUGGCAUCAUCAACUCCAUGCACAUUCAAAAGCCCGCUGAUCGUAUCUGGCAUCUUUUCCGCCAUUGACUUUAACACUGCAUCCACAAACACGGUCGAGGGCAUCACUCCCAAUCUGCCCACCAAUUCAUUACGCUUUUGAAUCAAUUCUUGAAAACAUUGGUCACGAAGAGUUUGGAUUUCUUGUGAGAUGGCUGAUGCUUUUUUAGGCUUACUUUUAGAUGGUGUGUUGGCAGUUGGUUCAAAA